CGAAGGAGUCCCUAACUUUAGGUCAACAUGGUGACAGCAUUGUAGAUCGGUGGAGCUGAAUUUUCCAACUGACCUGAUAUCUAUGUGCUAAGAUCACCGAAGAACUGCAACAACAAGAGCUGUUCUAUGAUUCCUGUAUAAUUUCGACGCACUUUUCAGGUGGGUACACCAAGAUGUCAGAUUCAGCGGGUCAGCAGACGACAGAGGGCGGCAACAGAAGCGACGAGGUGCCGGACAAGAGUCCAAAGAAGAGCGGCGGUAGAUUCCGAUCUACUUUCACGUUCUCCUUUGGACGUAAACGUUCAACCGAGAGUUCGAAAACCCAGGAAACAUCUGACCACCAAGAAGGACAGUCUGCGGAAACGAAGACCAAGUCUGGACAGGCCGGCGAGGUACCACCGGUGUCCGAAGAUCGGGGACGGGAAGACACCCUACCCAAAGCAGGAGACUCUUCAGUCGAGAACAAACAGAGCGAUGGAAAGGUUAUACAACCUUCUGGUCCUCCCCAGUCUGACGACACCAUAGAAAACACAGGACAGUCUACAGAACAACAGGGACAAGAAGACAGACAGAAGAACAUAGAUCAAUUACAACAGGCAUCGACUGCGGAAAACCAAGAGUCUCCGCCUGACGCAGAAAAAUCUUCAGAUACCGAAGAGCACAGGGAAGACCAGGUCCUACAGUCGACCGACAUUCUUGAGUCUUUCGACCCCAUUGUUAACACGGGACAGUCUACAGUACAACAGAAAGAAGAGCAUGAUGACUGCGAAAACAAAGAUCAAUUACAACAGGCAGCGACCUCAGACAACCAAGAGGCUCUGCCUGAGUCAGAAAAAUCUUCAGAAACCGAAGAGCACAGCGAAGACCAGGUCCUACAGCCGGCCGACAUUCUGGAGUCGUUCGACCCCAUUGUUAAUAUGGGACAGUCUACAGUACAACAGAAAGAGGGUGAUGAAUGCGAAAACAAAGAUCAAUUACAACAAGCAGCAACUCCGGACAAACAAGACGACUUUGUGCAGCAGGAGAACGUACCCAUACUUGACUCAGAACAAUCUACAAUGGAGAACAAAGAGACAGAAGACCAGGUCCUACAAUCGGCAGACAUCCUUGAGUAUUCCGACCCCAAAGAGAACACAGGACAUUCUACAGUACAACAGGAGGAUGAAGCUGGUUACAAGAAUGACAACCAACUGCAAAGGCAAGUGAGUCCCGGUUAUGAAGACUUUCCACCCGAUCCAGAAGAAUCUCUAGUGGAGAAUACACAGUAUGAAGAGCACAGCGAAGGCCGGGUCCUAUAUUCAUCGGACUCAGACAUUCUGGAGUCUUUCGACCCCAUAGUACAAGAUGAUUACAAGAAGAAGGACGAAGCACAGGUGAGUCCAGACUACCAAGACGCUCCCACAGACAAAGAAGAAUCUUCAGAGCAAAAGGAGCACAGCGAAGACCAGCUCGUACAGUCGUCCGACAUUCUAGAGUCUUUCGACCCCUUGGAUAACACAAAGCAGUAUACAGGACAGCCGGGAUUCGAGGAUGAGGACAAAGACAACGAACAGCCGCAAAGAAUUCCUUCGGCAAGUUCAGAUUUCUAUGACGCUCUAUUCGACACAGAAGAAUUUCCAGGGGAGAACAAACACGAAGAAGACCGGGUGCUACCAUCGUCUGACAUUCUGGAUUCUUUCGAUCCAAUUGUACAACAUGAGAAUGAGGGUAAGCACAAGAAGGGCGAUCAGCCACAAAUGAGAGUGACUCCAGACCACGAAGAUCUUCCUCAAAACCUAGACGAGCCUUCAGUACAAGAAACUAAAGAGCAGAGCGCAGACAAGGUCCUAGAAUCGUCGACCAUCCUUGAGUCUUUCGAUCCCUUCGGCUUCGCUAACAUAGAACAUUCUACAGUACAACUUCAGGAUGACAAAAAGAAGGAAGAGCAAACGCAAAGGCAAGUGACUCCCGGUUACCAAGAUGCUCCACUCGACCCAGAAGAAUCAUCCUUGAAGAUUGACCAUUCGGAUACUUUUUCAUCAAGCAAAGCCUUCCAUGUCAAAGUAGAGCAGAAAGACAAGGAUAAACACAAGAAAGAAGACCAAACACAAAGCACAGCGAGUCCAGAUGAUCAAGACGCUUUACCUGACACAGAAGAGCCUCUAAAGCAGCCCUCCCAGGGACAAGAAGACAAGGUUCCAGACCAGACAAAGUUUGAAGGUUUGGAGUAUCAAGAUAUCUCAGCACACAAGGAUCAGUCAUUAUUGGAAGACAGCCAGGACGAAGACAAUGACGACGAUGAUAGUCUGCUGUGGUUUGACACCCCGGAGUACUUUGACGAACCACAGCCCGAACAGCCAACAUCAGGGCAAAAACAGGAUGAGGAGAACGAUGGAGUCAAUCUGGUGCAGUCGUCCGACAUUGUGAAGGUUCCACAAGACUUGGAACGGCCACAGGAGCAGUUUGGAGAACAAGGCAAGAGUCAGGUCAAAGAAGUGUCUCAAGACUCCUUAUUACAACCACAACAGUUUCCUCCACCAGUCCAGAAACAGCUUGAAGAGCCAGACAACAGCCGUGCUCUACAGUCGUCAGAUAUCUUGGAGUUUUACGAUGACAAAGAAGAGCACAGAAUGCGUAACAAUAGAGAGCUGUCUAAUAAGGAUACCGCACACCAUAAGAAAGAGUCCCAAGAACAUGCUAGCGACUUGCAGCAAGGUCUACCAUUCUUUGAAGAUGCAGACCACUUUGAUGCUCCAACCCUCCAAGACCUGUCCGUUGUCCAGCAGCACCAGGCCGACAAAAACGAUACCAGCCAGGAUCUACUUUUGACAGAAGGUCCGGAAGAAAGGGACGUCUCCACGAUCGCAGAACAGUCUGCUGUUGAGCAGUACCCGGCUGAAGAAAGCGAACCGGGCCAGGUAAUUGUACCAUCCGAAAGCCUGGAAGACUUACCCCACACAAAGAAGCCCGUGGUUCAGGAAGACCAGCAGGAGACAGGCAAUGUUCCAGCUCCAGAGUCGGAUGGAUCAGAGUUCUAUGACGAACCAAAACAGGAUGAAGACGACAAAGCAAGCCAUACUGUUAGUACUACCGACCAAAAAGUCUCACCAACUGUCCCCACAAAGGAACACAAAGGUAAAGAACCAGACACAGCCCAGGCACCGCCUCUGUCAGAAAGCACAGAAGACAAUGAUGUUUUACCACACUCGAAGCAGCCUGUGGGACAACAGGAGAAGAUCAAAGAGAAGGAGACAGGCGAUGUUUCAUCUGAUUCCGACAGUUCAGAAUUCCAGGAUGUGCCGUUACACGAUGACGAGGAUGAAGCUAGCCAGUCCGAUAGUUCGAAAGACAAGGAGAGCUCAACUCUCUACAAACAGUCUAUAACACAGCAGCGCCAACGUCAAGAACAGGAAACAAGCGAGGUACUACCGUUGUCCGAAGAUCCAAAAGACAAGAAUGCUCUACCCCACAAGACCAUAGAGAAGGAGAGAGAUGUUUCCUCUGAGUCGGGUAGUUCAGAGUUCGAUGAUGUGCCGUUAGAGGAUGUAGAUGAUGAAGCGAGCGAGUCCAGUAGUUCAACGGACCAGGAAGCCCCACCUGUCCACAUACAGUCUACAACACAUCAACGCAAAGGUAAAGAACAUGCCACAAGCAAGACGAUACCAUUGCCUGAAAGUCAGAAGGACCAGAAGGACAAAUCCCUUCCAGAACAGCCCACUGUUCAGGUGUACGAAGCUGAGAAAGAGAAGAACAACCAGGGGAUACAGUUGUCGGAAGGAAAAGAAAUCCUAGGUGUGUCGCCAAACCCAGAACAACACGAGGAAAGGAAGAUACCAACAUUGUCUGAAGGUUCAAAACCACAGCAGGAUAAAGCUAAAGAUGACGACCUGAACAAGGUGCUGUUGUUUGAUCCAGAGGACCAGGGUCCACCAUUGUCCGAGGGUUCGACAGACCAAGACGACAAGCCUCUUCAGUACUUCAACACUUCAUCGGAGUCGGACAGUUCGGAGUUCCAAGACGUAUCUUCCGACGACGAAGACGUCUCGACCGUUCCACCAGAGUUGGCCCAGGUACGACAGCACCAAGCCGAAGAACAGAAAAGCCAGUUGCCAGAGGGUCUAAAGGGUCAAGAUACCUCAUCACACGCAAAGCAGUCCACGGUACAGAAACACAAGACUGAAGAGCGCGACAGAACCAAGAUGGCAUCGGAGUCGGACAGUGAUGACGUGCCGUCUCCCGUGGAACGUUUCCCCAAGCAGAGGUUUGAGGAGAAGGGAGUCGACAAGAGUCGCACAUCUGUGGAGUCGGACAUUCUUGAAGACGAGGGUGUCAUGUUAAGUCCGCUAACUCCACAGCCGGACAAGCACAACCUAGCUCUAGAAAGCUCAGAAGAUGUAAAGCGAAAACAAGGAAGAGCAAUUUCGCCGAAACCACAUGCCUUAGAAAACAGGCUUCUCGAAGCUAACGCGACUAUUGCGACCCUGUUGGAAGAAUUAGACCAGGUACGCGGUGAGAUCAAAGAAAGGGCGAAUAUAACAACAGACCAAGAAACAGAGAGUAAAAGAGAGCAACAAAAAGAGUCAGAGUAUCGACACGAGUCAGACACUCAAACACCUGUAAGUUCAGCUGUAGAAAUAGGAGUCAACACAGAAGGAGACAGUUUUAGCCAAACGCUUGAGACAAAAGCAGACUCAAACACAGCGAUGGGCGACAACAAAUCUAAGAAACCACUCAAGACGGUCAGUCGUGGGAUUCAGACAGACUUCACAGACAGCACAGAUUCUGUACAAGCUAAGAGCGAAGAUGUGGAAAACGUCAAAGGGAAAAAGCCAACAGGAAAGACAGACACUAAAAGCAAGAAGAAGAGCGCAAUGGUCGAGAUGCUGAAUGAAGACGAAGAGUUGAGAGCCACGUCUAACAUCGCAGAAAAUCUUAAGAGGGCGCUGGCCGCGAAGUCUAAGAGCGAACAACAAGGAAAGGCAGAAGCUCCUCCUCCCCCUGAAGAAGUCAAGGUGGAGGAGAUACGUCAUCUUGACAGGAUCAUAUUUGGCGGGAAAGGUUCGGACCCGGGAAAGUUCAACCGGCCUCGAGGAGUCGCCGUGUCACCGAAGAGCGAAAUCUUCGUGGCCGAUCGAGACAACAGACGAAUCCAAGUCCACAACAUGAAGGGGGAGACCAUCCGACAAAUCCCGACCACUGUGCCUGGACAAGAAAACCUGACCAUGCGGCCGGACGACAUUGCCAUAGACGGCAACGACCUGCUGUGGAUAGUGGGGAGCGACUGGUCGACGGAGUUUGUGAUCCCGUACACCAUGGAGGGCGAGCCGCUGGGGAAGUUUCACCUGCCGGAUACCGUGAGAUUCCGCGGGAUCACCGUUAACCCACGCAACGACCACGUCAUCGUGUCUUUGACGGACAAAACGUUUGGAACGCGCGGUGAAGUGAGGAUUUUCCGACCGGACGGCUACCAACUACGGAGGGUUGGCAUCAACCAAGGCAUGGUCGCUCCAAUGUUCGUCACUUUGGACAAGGAAGACAACAUCCUAGUAUCAGACUACGGCACGCACUCUGUAUACGCAUACGACCAAGAAGGGACGUUCUUGUUCAAGUUUGGAGGGUACGGCAGUGGCGUUGGUCAGCUGAAGGACCCUCGUGGUAUCUGCGUGGACAGUUCGGGAAACAUCAUCGUGGCUGACUUCGGGAACAAGCGGCUAGAGAUGUUCACCAACCGCGGGAAGUUCCUCCGACACGUCACCGACAGUACGGGACGGCCUGACGGCAUCGCAGUGGGGCCAGACGGACAGUUAGUGGUGACUGAAUGGAACCAUACAGCGUCUAUCAUACCGAGUUACUAGUUCACGUGCGUACGUAUUGAAGUCCGCAUGAGGUCCGUAUGGAGUACGGAGUUCAGAGAAGAUAGCUGGAAGCGGAGU